GCUGUGGAACAAAUAAACACACAAAUAGCUCAUGCAUUUUUAAGUACACGGUAAAUUAUUCAGAAAGUCGAAAUUACGAACUUUAUUUGCUGUUUUUAGGGUCUCGUGUGGUCAGAAUGUUUGCAUGUCAACCGAUGUUCUCGCGCCGUUUUCUCAGGAGAGGACCAGGAUGGCUCUAAGGAAGCAAAUACUCAAGGAUGCCAGCGACGUUCCCUCUGGAAGCCAACAGAUUGGCGAAAACACACAGGAGGACGAGGCUCUCGACGACAGAGACGACAAUGACUUCUCAUCAUCACUUCAGUCGUCUUCAUCAAGACAAAAACGCAAGAGGGAGAGGGUAAACAAAUCCAAACCCAAAGAGAUGACAGAGGAGGAGAUGAUGGACUGGGCUCUGCGUCUGAGUGAACAGGAAGCCAGCGCCUCUGCGUUAAGACAGCAGCAGGAGGAAGAGGCCAUGAAGAAAGCCAUCCAAGAGAGUAUGGUCAGCCCGACACAACCGUGCCGGCCGGCCCAAAGCCAGAGCCUGCUCACCGCUGCCGAAGCUUCACUCAGGCUCUGCUCUCGACGGAAACUCUUGUACUCAAACGGGAAGACCGCGUCUGCCAUCCAUCAGGGAGCAUCGGAGGAUGUCUGCACACCAGAGAAGGGCCUGAACCGAAGAGCAAAAGGAACUGGAGAUGAAAGUAAUAACUGGAAUAAAAAGCGGAAAAGGAAAGAAGGAAGUCCUCUGCUGGAGAUGCCAGACUCUCAGGCUUCACCCUGCAGCUCCGAGUGCAUCUCCGUGCCUCUGGACUCACCUCUGAGCUCUGACUCGACCCAGAUCGAAGACUGUCGGCUCCAGAAAUCCCCCGUCUUCCCCUCCGCUGGCUACAGAGCCGAGGUUCACGUCCCCCGGCUGAGCCAGAACCUGCUGGAAACCUACAGAACCUCAGGGUUUGUGUUGUGCUCUCAGGACAGCUGUACCUCGACUCAAAAGUCUCCGCCUGCUCAACCCAAGAACCCGACGUCUCCCAAAAGCCCCAAACGCUCCAAUAACCUCACUCUGUCCAAGAGCCCUGUCUUCUCAGAGACUGAUCAGGGAGAGGAUGAAGAGACUGGGCAGGCUCCCGAGUAUUUUAUAAGUCCGGUGUUUGGCAGGAAUACUCAGCACGAGACGUCUCCAAGUGCCUGCCAACCCCAGGUCAGUGUCUGUAACUCAGGGUUCACGCGCUCUUCUCAGGAGAGUUUAACCUCCUCUGUGAGGUUGGCGUCCUGUCGGCCUAAAAGUCCGGUAUUCCCAAGAAGCCCUGGCCUUCCCCGGAUCUCCCCUCCCCCUGAAAGAUCAGCAACCUGUGAAAGUCCUGUAUUCUCAGAGGCUGACGGAGGACAGACGGAGCAGAGUCGUGGGUAUUGUACAAGCCCAGUGUUCGGCAUGACUGGACGACGACAAAAGAGUCACCUCGAUGAGCUGAAACUCUCUGGGAGUCCUUUCGCUGUAGAGCUCAUAGGUUCAGACAGUGACGGGGAUUCAACCAUUACCAGGGAUCCAUCUCAGAGUCUGGCGCAGGGCAGCAAGACUGAUCAGAAUCAAGACGCCAGCUUUAAGAAGCCAUCUGAGUCAGAUGAUGCAGAGGAGGAGCUGAAUGAAAUAUCCAAAGACUGGAACUCAGCCGCGACAGAGCUGACCAGCGAUAUGGUGCUCCACUGGUCUGACGAGGACGAGGACGUCACGCGUUCCUCCCUCCAUCUGUUGCAGCCAGUGGGCUCUCCCAGCCCUGUCUUCCCAGAGGAGAGGCCUGUUCAUCAGGCAGGCAGCCAGGCUGCCUCCCUGAACCACGGGACUGCAGCUUCUCCAGAGAUGACCUGCAGACCUUCUAACUCUUCCACAUCCACCGGCCGACAGCAGCCUUCCCCCACAGAGCGAGAACCACAGCCAAUCAGCAGUCAGGGAGCGGCCAGCACGGCGUCUGCCCCGCCUGGGGAGCCUGCAGGCGGGCCGACGGUGCACUACUACUGGGGGGUUCCCUUCUGUCCACGAGGCCUGGACCCAGACAAAUACACACAGGUGAUCUUGGCUCAGAUGGAGGUGUAUGAGAAGAGUCUGAAGCAGGCUCAGAGGUGUCUGCUGAGGAAGGCUGAGUGGGGGGAGGCCAUCCUGCCGCAGCCGGAGAAAUCUCCUUCACCUGAGUCGCCUGCUGGAUCACCUCAACAGUUUGUUCUUCGAAGGCGUGGCCUCAGACUAAGAGGCAAACCGCUGUCUGAAGCAGCUGAUUCUCCUCCAGCUGAGGCAAAGGAUGAUGAAGACAAAAAGGAGGAAGAGGAGGAAAGAGAGAGCAAAAAAGAAGAGAAGAAUGAGGACAGGGAAGAAGAAGGACAGGAUACCGAUGACUGUGAGGUUUGUCCAGAAACCCAACUGAGUGACGACGACGACAGGACGCAAGAUCUGAUGAUGGUGACUGACGCUGGAGCAGAGUUGGACUGUAAAAUGAGUCCAGAGCUGCCAGAGGUCGAGAUGAUUCUCCCAAAUGAUUCUCCAGCUGAACGGGAGCUGCAGCCGGAGGAGGAGAUGGAGGUGGACGCCCCAGUGGUCAGAAAGACGAAGGGAAACAUCCCUGUUAACAGCAGCAAUGUUAGAGGACAACACGUGAGAGAAGAGGAGGUAGAGGAGGACGGCGAGGAUCCAGAUGUGGAGGAGAUAGAGGAUCGAGGGCUGAAAAGGUCGACGUCUCCUGAACUGGAACCAGCCGGUGUUCCUCAGAGCCCCAAAACCAAAGUGGACUGUCCCAUCUGUCAGGGCUCUUACCCGGUGAUGGUGAUCGAGAUGCACGCUGCGUACUGCGAUGGGGAGGUGGCCGUCGUGGACCAGAGGAGACAGGAGAAAAACUGCUUCCAAGUGUCAUUGAAGUCUCUCAGGAAGAGAACAAGGAGAGCAGAGGCGACUGCUGAAGAGACCAACGGACCCUCCAACACUUGCAUUAAUUAUGAGAAAUGUUUCAUCUGUCAAAAAGCUGUUCCGCUGAAAGACUACAGCCAACACACCGAGUUCUGCCUCCAACGGCAGAAGUCAAAGACUGCAGCAAAGGGAAAUCUGCUGUCCGCUCUGGAGCAAACCGAGAGCAGAGGUCCAGAUAACUACAGAGUUCUGAUUCUGGUUUCAGAGGCCGGGCCGUCUGGAUCCAAACUCCAGCCAGGAGAGGUCAUUGAUCUGCGGGAUGAUGAUGAUGAAGAGGACGAGGAAGGCGGCGUUUCAACACUAAGGAUCAGUAACUCUCCCAUCAGGUCCUUCACUCCGAUCUCAGAGGCCAGCGGCUGCCUUAUCGACUUCAAGAAACAGCAUCGAGCCAAGACGCUGCGCCAAAGACGGAGAUGAGGACGACGUCCUGCAGACUGGCGCUGCUGACUGAAAUCCUGGAACCAGAGCCUUAACUAAAGACCCCGUCAGGUUGGAUGUGACAUUACCGUUAGAAAAGACUCGUUCUGAAACACCUUCCUGGUGUCACAUAUUUAUGCAGGUAAACAAGGACCAACUGAGCACUUGAAUGUUCAAAGGAAACCACAUUCUGACUCUUUUGUGCCACUAAAUGUUACGUUUGUUUCUGUUGAAGGUGUUUCAGACUACCUCUUUAUGCAUUGAACAUUUUCUUUUUUGUAACUUUAGUUUAAUGUCCGUCUAAUGUCUCAACCCUGUCUCAAGUGUAAAUCAAAUUCAUACAAACAUUUCACUGGCUCUCUUGAAGUGUGAAAAGUGAAGUUGUUAGUAGUCGUGCUACCUGAGAGGCUACAGAACUGAUCCGCCGGUCCACAACUGGGGUCUGAAAUAUCUCAACAACUACUGGAUGGACUGCCAUUAAACUUUCAAUAACAUUCAUGUUUUCCAUCAGAUAAAUCCACCUGACUUUGGUGAUCCUCGGAUCUCUUCUCUAGUGCCACCUGCAGGUCAAAACAUUUGACUGAAUUCAGCCUUGUGUGUACUUAAAUGCCAACACAACAUGCCAAAUAUUAGCUUGCUGACCUGCUAAGUAUUAGCAUGUGGAAAUGCUUACAUGAAACAUGCUAAUGUUAGCAUGUAAAUGUACUAAAUUGUCAUCAUGCUAAUGUUAAAUGUUAAACAUCAGGAUGUUACACUAAAAUGUUACAAACCUCAUAAUAUUGGAAAUGUGCGAUGCUAACUGUACACAUGUUCACAUGCUAGCUUGUCCGUGCUGAUUUUAGCAUUUUAGCUAACGAUUAGCUCAUGCAAAUAUUACAAGCUAUGUGAUUCUACCCUGACUCCGGACCUCUGAAUCACAUCUGAUUGAUUGGUGGACAAACAACCAGCCAAUCAGAGCGCUGUAUGUCAUCUUCUUGUGUCAGAGCCAGAAAAAUGGAAACAAAAAUGGCAAUAAUUUCGAGCUUCAACAAAAAAGUAUUUAAAUUAUCAAUUCAUCUACAGAUUAUCUUCUCGAUUAAUCAGUUUUUGUUUUUGUCUUUAAAAUGUCAAAAAGAAAUGGUAAAUGUUGUAAUUUCCUACCAAGAGUCCAAAGAUAUUAAUUUAACAAUCAUAUCAUGACAAAGAAGAGCAGAAAAAUCUGACAUUUCAGAAGCUGGGACCUGGGAAAGUGUCACAUUUUUGCGAAUAAUUGAUUAUCUAAGUAGUUGCCAACUUAUUUUCCAACUGAUGUAUUAGUUGAAGUAUUGUUCCAGCUCUUUAUGUUUGAGAUGGAUGUAGCUUGAAAUUAUUCCUUCAUUCAACAUCAGACUGAAUAAUUAAGUGAACACAGAAUAGCAAUACAAUCUGAUUUAUAAGGCUAGCUCAAAUGUAGCUUUCUAACAUGCAAAUAUCAGAUCUUAAGGCACCUUAACAUUUAGCAUGUUAACAAACCAGCAUUAGUGUUCAGGUCAAAGCACAGCUGAGACUCUGAGAUGUCCUUAAUUGGCCACCGUACGGAGGAUAAACCCUUUUUUAUUUACAUUACAGUACGGCCUUUCUUCUGGCACCACCCUCAGGACAAACAUGACUUUUUUUAGAGCUAAGAAUAAAGUUGUCUCUCCACUUUCCAUUUAUCCAACAGGUACAGGUUCUGGUCUGCUAGGAGACACUUACAAAUGAGGAGAAAUGUCUUUUGUUCAAUGCACAUCUCCAAUUGGAUCAGAGAAAAUAAAAACUCUCCAGAUUUGAUACAGUCUAAUGUUAGCAUUUGUUAGCAUAUUAAAUGGGAAUCAAACCCACCUGCUGUGAGAUCUCACGUCACCUGUUCUCACUACGACUCCAGCAUGCAGGAUGCUGAAGCAAGUGCAAUGAAGCAAUACUGAAACCUCAGAAUUUCCCUUUAAGAUCAUAAACCGCCUGGUGAGGGUCAGAGCUUUGAAAGUGGACGUAACCGGUUUGUGUAAUGAUCACAUUUUCACCCAAGCAACUCAGAAAUGUUGUCACUGUACUGUAAAAUAAUUCUUUUUUCAUUUAGAAUAGUUCAGUUGAGUGUUUUUUUCUUAACUGUGGACCAUUUUUAUCAAUCAAAAAUAUUUUCUGCAAAGUUGAUAGAAAUAUCAUUUGCUUGUUCUAUUUUGUAUUUGACUGCUCAAUGCUCAGAGUAUCGACCAUGAAUACUGUAUUAACAUUUUAGAGUUACAUUUCCUAGUUGUCUGAUUUGAUGAAGUAAAGUCACUGUAACGCACUAAA